AUGCGUGCUGGGUCAGUUGCAGGACACUGGUCUGCGUUUGCUGUAAUCGCAGCAGCCUGUAGACCUGAAGAAUACGAGACAAACGACGGGCUGUGCUGCCCCAUGUGUAAAGAAGGCUCUGUUGUCAGAGGACACUGCACUGAGGAGUCAGGCACAAGGUGUACGCCUUGUGGAGUGGGUACCUUCAUGAACACAGCAAAUGGUCUGUCAAUGCGCCACACCUGUAAAACCUGUGAUGCAGGUCAGGGUCUGUUUACCCAACAUGAGUGUAAUUCAACGAGCAACACGGUCUGUGGUGUUUUAGACGGAUACUACUGCACACAUGACACGUCUCAAUCAGAGUGUACCAUUGCAGUGAAGCAUACUCGCUGUUCACCUGGCCAGAGGACCAAAACACCUGGAACCAAGAAAACUGACACAGUUUGUGAAGACUGUGAGCCGGGCCAUUUUUCACAGCAUGGUAUGAACUGCACUGCUUGGACAAAAUGUCCUGAUGGACAAGAGGGAAGUCAAACACAAGAUGCUGUUUGCAGAAACUAUACAUACCUAAUAUUGUUAGUUUUGCCUUUGCUUUUAAUAUGUAUCAUUUCUCACAUAUUGUAUAUGCUCAAAAAGAGAACAUCUAAAAGCUAGCUCUUGUAUUUUCUUUGCAUUUUAUACCAUUACUAUUAUUUCAACUUUUGUCUUUCCUUUUAAUGUCUGUCACUGCUCUGUUUUUUUUAACUCAAAAAGAAUGAAAAUCUAAAACCCAGCGCUUGUAUUUUGUAAUAAAAGGAAAAACAAGCUCCCAUGUUCAUUAAAGUGACAGAAAUCCAUUGCACAGACUGAGGGGCAGAGAGGUGGAGGGAUAAUAACUUUAUUUAUAAAGCACUUUUUUUUAAAACAACAUGACAAAGUGCUUUACAAAGAAAUAAAACCAGACAAGGCAAAAAUAAGCGCAAGACCGAAAAAGUAAUUGUAAAAAUAAAAACAGUAUGAAUAAAUAAAAAUGAAUAUCAAACAUUUGUAAAAGCGUUGAC